UCGGGUAAAGUUUGCAGAACCUGUCUUAACCCAGCACCACCUGUUUAGAUAUAAAAGUGAGAAGGACACGUUACUCGUUCCAAACCAUCUCAACUCUCCUGCUCCUCUACCAUCUACUUCUGUAGUUCUCGUCAUCUGCAUUAAGAACAGUGUGAUUAUGGCAGUGUGGCUCCAGGCUGGUGCUUUGCUGUUCCUGUUGGCUGUCUCUAGUAUCAACGCAAGUGGAGGGGCCCCGCAGCAUCUGUGUGGAUCUCACCUGGUUGAUGCACUCUAUCUGGUCUGUGGUCCAACAGGCUUCUUCUAUAACCCCAAGAGAGAUGUUGACCCCCUCCUGGGUUUCUUUCCUCCUAAAUCUGGCCAGGAAAAUGAGGUGGCUGACUUUGCAUUUAAAGACCAUGCUGAGCUUAUAAGGAAGAGAGGCAUUGUGGAGCAGUGUUGCCACAAACCCUGCAGUAUCUUUGAAUUGCAGAAUUACUGCAAUUAAAGAACCUGCACAUAUCUAGUGACAACUGCCAAUGACACCAUCUGUUUAGACAGGUAUCAGCCUUAAAACUCUGUUUUUUCAUAGAAAAUAAAUUUUCAAAUUAAA